AUCGUUAAUCCCGUAUAGGAGUGCAAGAUUUGAUGGCCGCAUGCAGCUCUCUCUUCCGGCAAGUAGAGAAAGGGGAUUUUGGUAGGAUUGAAUCUGUGGAAAUAUUUAUACAUAAAAUACUCUUCCGCCAUGGCCAUCGGUGACUUGAAGACUGACAAGGGUGUUAAAGAUUUAAAUGCUUAUCUUGCCGAUCGUAGUUACAUCGAAGGAUGGCAACCAUCUCAAGCCGAUGUUGCUGUCCUCGAGGCUUUGGAAAAAGAACCCAAUUCUUCCAACCCCCAUGUACUAAGAUGGUACACCCAUAUGAAGUCAUAUGACUUUACAACACUACCAGGAGAGAAAAAGGCUCCUGUUAUAUUAGCCAAUAGUCAAUCUUCACAAGCUACUACUCCUUCAGCUGAUGCUGCAGAUGAUGACAUUGACUUGUUUGCUUCGGAUGAAGAGGAGAGUACAGAAGCAGCUAAGAUCAGGGAAGAAAGAUUAAAGGCUUAUGCCGAAAAGAAAUCUAAGAAACCCGCUAUCAUUGCUAAAUCUAGUAUUGUACUUGAAGUUAAACCGUGGGGAGACGAAACAGAUAUGAAAAAAAUGGAAGAAGCUGUUAGGUCGAUCAAGAUGGAUGGUCUUGUUUGGGGUGCUUCUAAACUUGUAGCAGUCGGGUACGGCAUACAAAAAUUACAAAUAAUGUGUGUAAUAGAGGAUGAAAAAGUUUCCGUUGAUUUAUUGGUGGAACAAAUUCAGGACUUUGAGGAGUUAGUGCAAUCUGUGGACAUUGCAUCCUUCAAUAAAAUUUAAAAGCUUCUCAGUAAUUUUAAUAAUGAGUUAAUAAAUAUUGUUUGUAUAUAUA